UUUUUUCAUACAAAAUUCGAUUUACACUUCCCCAUCAUUCUCACACUGCAGUGUUGUUUUAGUUUUGAAUUUCGAAUUCAUUUGAAAAUUCUUUCAUCUUUCAUUUCAUUUAAUGUGAUUUCUCCUUAUAAAAUUUUGGUGUUUAAUACUUGAAACAAGAUACGAUCAACUUGGAAAUAUGGAUCCAUCAUUCCAGAAUGCACUUGUUGAAGUUAAUCUGUCGACAGAUGGUCGAAAUAAUGUUUGGCUUGAUGCUUAUUUUUUGGAUGUACAGCCAUCAUGUUCAAAAGAUGAAACAGAAGUCACUGACAAUCAAGGUGAUGGUGAUGAGAAUAGUGGCAAUAAUCAAAGUUUAAUGGCAACAAUUGUAAUGGCCGUGAAAGAUGAGCCUGCAUCCUUUACAAUUACACAGCAAAAGCAUUGUCAUCAAUUACCAAUGAGUCAAAUUCGUUUGAAACCAAAAUUAACUGAACCAGUUUCGUUUAACGAAAAUAACAUAAUCGAAGUAAUAACUGUGGAUGGAAAUGAAAAGUUUAUCGCUUGGAAAAUGGCCAAAAUUAAAAAAUUCAAAGAUACUAAUGCUGUUAUCGAAUAUUUGGAUAACAAUGGCCAGAUAAUUGAAUCAAAAUCAGUUGAAGAAUUGAAUGUGAUUAGUCGGGAAGAUAGUCGAACACCGAAUCCAUUCAAACCAUUGAAUGAUGUGACAGUUGCUUCAAAUCCAUUUGCCCGUGCGGAAUUGCCUGUACCAUUUUUUCUUCAAUAUGAUGAUUCAACAUGGCUUUGUAAUAUUGAUUUUCAUGAACGUUUCAAGAAGAAUGUUGAAAAUCUAAUCAACAUACGUUAUGAUGGUGAAAAAAAAUCAUUGAUUUGUAUUGGCUAUACUCCUGAUCUUACGGAAUAUUCAAAGAAAAAAUUCAUCAAUCAAUGUCAUCUUUUGUCGGAUUUCCAUUUUCGUGCUUUGAAAGAAACAUAUUCACUCAGUAAACAUAUGUUGCCACCGAUUACCAGUCAAAAUCCGAAUGAAUCGGUAUUGCGUCUUUCUGUUGCUAAAUCUUUGAUUGGUUUAUCCAUUGGUAAACAAGGUGCUAAUAUUCGAAAAGCACGUGAAUUGGAUGGUAUUCACUCGGUUGAAUUGUGGGAUGAGAUGAACACCUUUAUCAUUAAAGGUAACAAUAUGGAAGUCUGUCAACAGGCAGCUAAUUUAUUGAAUUUUGUACAAGAAUGUAUCGAAAUUGAUAACGAACAUAGCGAUUUUUUCGAUGAUGAACUAAUCGUACAAGAGCUUUUGGAUAAAACUGGUGUCAUAAAAUUUGAUUUGGUCAGUGAAAAUCAGUCCAAUAAUGGUUCGUUUACAAAUGAGCACGAUCAUCAUCAUCAUCAUCAUGAUAAUUCAAGCAAUCGUACGUUCAAUAAUAACAAUCUGCUCAUUCUACGUAUUCUUGGUAAUUGUGAAAGUGUGGAUAAUUUCAAAAUAUUAUUCAACUAUCAAUUCGCUGAAUAUGGUGAGAUGAAAAAAUUACGUGAACAAUUCAAAGAUCUUGUUGGUGGUACUGUACGUUCGUCAUACAAUCAACGACGACGUCCUGGUGGCAGAAAAUUUUCUGAUGUACUGAAAAAUCGAAACUAAUUUAUUUUGUAAUGAUGAGUCUAAUUUCAUACAUUUGUAAUAAUUUAAUAAACAGAUUAUCGUUGACAAAAAAAAA